GUCUGUGAUACAGAAACUACAAAGCUUUCUUACCUGCUAUUGGAUGUCGCGACGCUGUUUGGCUCAAAUGCAUUGGCCCUUUCUUGAAGGAUGCCCAAAGAGGCACCUUGUUCUGCAUAUGGACAUCAACAAAACAAUUAUUCAAAUCGAUCAGGCCGGGGGCAGCACUUUGGAAGACGUGCUCAACAGCAACGUUGCAGCUAAUGUGUAUGGGUUGAUCGAUCCAAAGGAUAACAAGUGGAAGGCGCUGUACGGCCCUUUUGACAAAGACGCCACCGUUUCACUACCGCCAAAAGGCGAUAUAGUAACAUAUGACGCGUAUAUUGAUCGCCUUCACUGCGAACCAGCCGGUAUGCAGGAGUUGCCAAAGCAAGAGAAGAAUGCCGUCUGGAAGACUGUGACUAAUUUGCGACGCCAGGCUACGAGAAAGUUUACGCACGCCGGACAGCCUGGCGAGUCAUACGCGCCGCUUGUUGAGCUUCAGCGGCAGCACCUCAAACACGGCGACGAAUACUAUCGCAUCAUUCCCUCAUUUUUCAGGCUGAUCAACAUACUGUCCGAGUCGGAUAUGCCGUUCACUCUCAUCUUCAGGACGUUUGGAAGCGACUUGGAGUCCAUUUUGCAAGAGUGGAGGGCAUUUGUGCAAGGCACACAUUUUUGUAAACCGUCUGGUCCCAUUUUGCAAAGAAUGCGUGACAGCUACAGGGAACCGCUUUGCGGCAGCGUUUACCGUCACAAGGACGAAAUGUACAUUUGUUACGGUCUGCAGGUGUCACUUUUUUCGUUUUUGGGUCCUCAUUAUGAGGAAACCGAUGCUGUAAAGAUACUUGAACACCUUAAACAACUGCCUGGAUGCACGUCGGCGUACAAAACAUCGUUUGUGGAUCUAAAAGACCACAUGCUUGAUUAUUUCGCGCGCUCAAACAAUGUUGGUGGACUCGUUGAUUACUACCCGAACUGGGCCCAAGGCGCUGAACGCAGAACCGGUGGAAAAGUUUUCCCUCUGUCACAAAAUGAUCCGCAAUACUUUUAUGCGUUCUUCGACGAUAAUAUUUUUAUUGGCGAUGAACACUCUAUCGUCGACGUUCGAGAGGCGGAAGGCGCAGCGAGCAUCGUUGAUCCAGAAAUCGAAAGAAAGUACUGUGUUCCAGUUAACGCUUUCAAAGCCAUUGUUGACAACAACUACUUUGUGGACGAAUUGGGUGUGUGCUUAAAACUGCAAGCGCAAGGUGCUCUAUAA